GCUUGCGCAGAAGACGAGAAGAAGGAGAAGGAGCUUCCCAUAGAGAAAAUCCGUAUCGAUGCUUUAGAUAGUAUCGCAGAAUAGUAAACGCCGUUUGAUAGUUCAGUGGGUUUCCAGCCAUGGAGUUGUCUGAAAUACUGUACAACAAAGCGGAGUACAUUGAGACGGCUUCUGGCAACAAAGUGAGCAGACAGUCGGUACUAUGUGGGAGUCAAAACAUAGUCUUGAACGGCAAAACUAUUGUUAUGAAUGACUGCAUCAUCAGGGGGGACCUGGCUAACGUCAGGGUGGGCAGACACUGCGUGGUGAAAAGCCGGAGUGUUAUUCGACCACCUUUCAAAAAGUUCAGCAAAGGGGUGGCUUUCUUCCCGCUGCACAUUGGAGACCACGUCUUCAUUGAGGAGGACUGCGUGGUCAACGCAGCACAGAUUGGUUCCUACGUCCACAUUGGGAAGAACUGUGUCAUA